AUGCCAGCCACCCAGUUAGCCAAAAUGCCAGGCAGCCAGGCAGCCAGCCAGCCAGCCAACCAAAAAGCCAGCCAGCCAAAAAGCCAGUCAGCCAAAAUGCCAGCCACCCACCAGCCAGCGACACAGCCAGUCAGCCAGCCGCAAAGCCAGCCAGCAGAUAACCAAAAAUCCAGCCAGCCAAAAAGCCAGCCAGCCAAAAAGCCAGACACUCAUCCAGACAAAAAGACAGCCAGUCAGCCAAAAAGACAGCCAGACAGCCAGCCAGUCAGCCAAAAAUCCGGCCAGCCAGGCAGUCAGCCAGCCAGUCAGCCAAAAAGCCAGCCCGUCAGCCAAAAACCCGGCCAGGCAGUCAGCCAAAAAGACAGCCAGACAGCCAGCCAGGCAGCCAGCCAGCCAGUCAGCCAAAAAGCCAGCCCGUCAGCCAAAAACCCGGCCAGGCAGUCAGCCAAAAAGCCAGCCAGCCAGCCGGCUAAAAAGCCAGCCAGCCACAAAGCAAGCCAGCCACAAAGCCAAAGAUCCAGGCAGCCAGCCACAAAGCCAGCCAGACAGUUAGCCAAAAUGCCAGCCAGCCAGCCAGCCACAAAGCCAGCCAGCCAGAUAACCAAAAGGCCGCCAGCCAAAAAGCCAAAAUUCCAGUCAGCCAAAAGGCCAGCCAGUCACCCAAAAAGCCAGCCAGCUAAAAAGCCAGCCACAAAGCCAGCCACAAAGCCAGCCAGACAGACAGCCAAAAAUCCAGCCAGCCACAAAGCCUGCCAGCUAGUUAGCCAAAAGCCAGCCAGCCAGCCAGCCAAAAUGCCAGCCAGCCAGUCAAAAAGCCAGCCAGCCAGCCAAAAAGCCAGCCAGCCAAAAAUCCAGCCAGCCAUCCAGCCAAAAAGCCAGCCAGCCAGCCAGCCAGCCAACCCAAAAGCCAGCCAGCAAGCCAGCCAAAAAUCCAGCCAGCCAGCCCAAAAAGUGAGCCAGCCCAAAAGCCGACCAGCCAGCCAAAAAGCCAGCCAGCCAGCCAAAAAGCCAACCAGCUAGCCAGCCACAAAGCCAGCCAGCCAGUUAGCCAAAAAGCCAUCCACCCAGCCAGCCACAAAGCCAGCCAGACAGUUAGCCAAAAAGCCAUCCACCCAGCCAGCCACAAAG